GGGCGCCCCCAAACCCAGGCCGAGCCGGCGCCGCGCCCCUCCCGCCCCCGCAGCCCGGCCAGACCCUCCGCCCGCCACCUGAGGAUGUUGUCCGCGUAGGAUUCCAGUAGAGUAUGAUGGUGUUUCUUCUCCAAAAGGGGAUUAUGUGGGCAUUAUCAUUACAAAGAAAAAAGAGAAAAUCCCGUUGUGACGGCCAGGAAAGUGAUCUCAUCACCUUAGGGGCGCGUUCUAGAUUUACUUGGAAUCCCUGAGCUUGCGGGAGAGGAGAUUCUGCAAGGGCGCCUCCCACAGCCUGACCUCCGCCAAGGUGACGCGGAGGAAGGACAGCCGCAGGAGCGGGCUCAUAAAACAUGUGUCUUCACGCGCAUGCGCGGGUUUACGGGAACGGGCUUAGGCGGGUUUACGGGAACGCGCUUGGGCGGGCUUACGUGAACGCGCAUGCGCGUGCUUACGUGAACGCGCGGGCGCAGGUUUCAGUGAACGCGCGUACGCAAGCGCGCAUUGUCGCCACGGACGUCGGCUGCUCGAGUCGCCAGAGGACUUAGUGGAAGCUUACACCAAGCACCUGAAAGAACACUUCGGAUACUGUUUCUCCAGCCUUUAAGCUAUUGAAAUAACAGUACCUCCUGGGCGUGUUCUGCUCUGUUACUGGAGUGUGUUUCUGAUCGUCUGAAUCUCAACCAUGUUUUCAAACUGCUUGCAGAAUAUCAUAAAAAUUACAAACGCUCACCUUCUGCAUUCAGGAUUAUGCCACCGAUUAAUAAGAAAUAAAAGGAGGUGUUUCGGAACUGUGCCAACAUCCAGAUUGCACAGGCGGGUUGUCGUUACAGGCAUUGGCUUAGUGACUCCUCUUGGUGUUGGAACUCAGCUGGUAUGGGACCGCCUGAUCCAAGGAGAGAGUGGCAUCAUCUCACUGGUUGGUGAAGAAUAUAAGAGUAUCCCUUGCCGUGUUGCUGCUUUUGUGCCAAGAGGUUGUGAUGAAGGUCAUUUCAAUGAACAAAACUUUGUGUCCAAAUCAGAUCUCAAGUCCAUGUCUUCCCCCACCAUUAUGGCCAUUGGGGCUGCAGAGUUAGCCAUGAAAGACUCUGGCUGGCAUCCUCAGUCAGAAGCUGAUCAAGUGGCUACCGGUGUUGCAAUUGGCAUGGGAAUGGUUCCUCUUGAAGUUGUUUCUGAAACUGCUUUGAUGUUUCAGACAAAAGGUUACAAUAAAGUCAGCCCAUUCUUUGUCCCGAAGAUUCUGGUCAACAUGGCAGCAGGCCAGGUCAGCAUUCGAUAUAAACUCAGGGGCCCCAAUCAUGCAGUCUCUACAGCCUGUACCACAGGAGCUCAUGCUGUGGGAGACUCCUUUAGAUUUAUAGCCCAUGGUGAUGCUGAUGUGAUGGUGGCUGGAGGUACAGAUUCUUGCAUUAGCCCUUUAUCUCUUGCUGGGUUUGCCAGAGCCCGUGCCCUGAGCACAAACCCUGAUCCUAAGUUGGCGUGUCGACCAUUUCAUCCAAAGAGAGAUGGUUUUGUAAUGGGAGAAGGUGCAGCUGUGCUGGUGCUGGAAGAACAUGAACAUGCAGUUCAAAGAGGAGCCCGGAUCUAUGCAGAAAUUUUGGGCUACGGACUCUCAGGUGAUGCUGGUCACAUUACCGCCCCCGACUCUGAAGGAGAAGGUGCCUUAAGAUGUAUGGUUGCUGCUGUAAAGGAUGCAAAUGUACAGCCGGAAGAGAUAUCCUAUGUCAAUGCACAUGCUACCUCCACACCACUAGGAGAUGCUGCUGAAAACAAAGCUAUCAAACGUCUUUUCAAAGGCCAUGCACAUGCCCUUGCCAUUUCCGCAACUAAGGGAGCCACAGGACAUUUGCUGGGAGCUGCAGGGGCGGUUGAGGCAGCGUUUACUGCUCUGGCUUGUUAUUAUCGACAACUACCACCUACUUUAAACCUGGAUUAUACAGAACCAGAAUUUGAUCUCAAUUAUGUUCCACUGAAGGCACAGGAAUGGAAAACUGAGAAAAGACGUAUCGGACUCACCAAUUCCUUUGGUUUUGGUGGUACUAAUGCAACACUUUGCAUUGCUGGCAUGUAGGACAGACAAAUCAUUUGUGAUUAAACACUGAUUUUUUAAUGUUAUAAACAAACUUUAUGAAGUGGAGAAAUACUAUGUUUCUAUAAAUGCAUAUACUUUUAUAUCUGUGUCAGCGUUUCUUAGUUUUGCCACUACUGAUACUUGAGGCUGGAUAAUUCUUUGUUGGGGGGAGGGGAGUUGUCCUUUACAUUGUAGGAUGCUAUUACAAUCUACCCACUAGAUUGUAAUAGCAGUCCCUUCCCCAGUUGUGACAACCAAAGAUGUCUCAACAUUGCCAAAUGUGUCCUGAGUAGCAAAACAACCCCCAUUUGCAAAGGACUGAUCUAAGGUUUUCUAGUACUUUAGAUUAAACAACUCUUCAUGAUAUUUCA